AUGGUGGCAGAGCUGGCGACCAGACCCCAAAACAUCGAGACCCUGCAGAACGCAGGUGAUGUAGUGCCUUUGCUGAGGCCUCUCCUUCUGGAUGUGGUCCCCACAAUUCAACAGACUGCUGCUUUGGCUCUUGGCAGGCUGGCUAAUUAUAAUGACGACCUGGCAGAAGCAGUUGUCAAGGACAUUCUUCCACAGCUUGUUUAUUUGUUGCCAGAAGAGAAUCGUUUCUACAAGAAAGCAGCUGCCUUUGUGUUACGGGCAGUUGCUAAACAUUCCCCUCAACUAGCUCAGGCCAUAGUUGAUUGUGGAGCGCUGGACACGCUGGUGAUAUGCUUGGAGGAUUUUGACCCUGGAGUCAAAGAGGCUGCAGUCUGGGCACUUGGAUAUAUUGCAAGACAUAAUGCAGAACUGUCACAAGCUGUGGUGGAUGCGGGAGCAGUUCCUCUUUUAGUAUUCUGUAUCCAGGAGCCAGAAAUUGCUUUGAAAAGGAUUGCUGCUUCCGACCUCAGUGAUAUUUCAAAGCAUUCUCCAGAGUUAGCACAGACGGUAGUGGAUGCAGGAGCUAUUGCUCACUUAGCCCAGAUGAUUCUGAACCCUGAUGCCCACUUGAAGCGUCAGAUCCUUUCAGCUCUCAGUCGGAUUGCAAAACAUUCUGUGGAUCUGGCAGAAAUGGUGGUUGAAGCAGAGAUUUUUCCAGUUGUACUUACCAGCCUUAACGACAGAGAUGAAUACGUGAAGAAAAAUGCUUCUACUUUAUUUAGAGAGAUAGCAAAGCAUACACCUGAGCUUUUGCAGUUGAUAGUUAACGCAGGAGGAGUUGCCGCCGUGAUUGACUGCAUUGGGUCCUGCAAAGGAAACAUAAGGCUGCCUGGCAUCAUGAUGCUGGGCUAUGCGGCAGCUCAUUCUGGGAACCUGGCAAUGGCAGUGAUCGUUAGCAAGGGUGUACCCCAGUUGUCAGUCUGCUUGUCAGAAGAACCAGAAGACCAUAUUAAGGCUGCUACUGCCUGGGCCUUGGCACAGAUUGGGAGACACACUCCGGAGCAUGCCCGGGCUGUCGCGGUCACAAACAUUCUGCCAGUGCUGCUUGCUUUGUACAUGUCACCAGAAAGCUCUGAGGAUCUUCGAGUAAAAUAAUAAAAAAGCCAUAAAGAGGAUCUUUAAAAAAAUGUGCCUAUUUAUUUACCAGCCCUUGAGCCAUUUCUCUAUGAUGUUCCUCCCAAUAUCCUGAAGCAUGUGGUCAGACAGUUCAGUAAGAUAUUAUUCUCCUGGAUCUUCAGAUAUACUUUUGCAGAGAGCAGACAGCUAUCAACCACUUACUAA